AAAAAAAUCAAUCUGAGGAAACAUGAUGCACAACGGAUGCUUUAUAAUAAUCGUUAUAAUAACGGUUCUUAUUUGUAAAGGUGAACUAACACAAACAGUUGAACUUGUACCGAAGACUGUUGAUGUGGUUGAAAAUUCUAGUGUCGCUUUGACAUGCUUAUUAACUGGUGACGUAUCAGCAUGGGGCAUAAAUAUAAAUAAUGUCAACAGUACCAUCUGGGCGCGUAUAUACAAAUCAGAGGACGGCACAUGUCAGGCAUUCGGCUUUGUCAAUAACAGUUUAUUAUAUUCAUGGAAUUGUCAUAUAAAUGGAAGCUUCACUUUAACGUUGAUUAAAGUAGAUAGGUCACAACAUGAAAACAUUUGGACGUGCAAGCAGGGAUUUUCGUUAAGUAAUCGAGUAGUUAUCAAUGUGAAAGUUCCCGUGGAAAAAAUUGAAGUUACUUCGCCAAGCGAUAGCAAUGUAACAAUAACGGAAAAUAAUUAUCAACUGUUUAUAUGUAAAACAUCAUACAGUAGACCAACACCAUCUGUGCAAUGGUUAAUGCAAAUCGGAGAUGAAACAAGUCCAAUAAGCACAACUAGUUCUGUUGAAAUCAUAUCUGAUGACAAAGGGUAUACGUCUACUAUUAGCAAGCUAAACAUAAGUGUCACCAGAGAAAAACAGGGGGCUAAAAUAUUUUGCAUUGGUAAAAAUGGCGUAGGAUCAACUGUUGUCUCUCGAAAUAUAAAGAUUCGCGUAUUUUAUGCUCCAAAUAGAGGUCCUUAUAUUAAUAAAGCUUUCAAUAACAGCUUCUACAAAUUGAAGGAAAACAGCACUUGUAAUAUUACAUGCACAAUCGUUGGGGGUUACCCGCCCCCAAAACUAUCAUGGAACUGCACUGGAACACAAUUCGAGUUUGAAAGUAAUGAGGAGGUAGGAUUAAAUUUACAGUGGCAGGUAAAACGUGAUGAAGACAGAGUUUGCACAUGUACAUCAACUCACGUGGUAGCCGGGAUUGAUACAGCUAUUAUAAGGAUUGCUAUAUUAUACCCGCCGACUAUUGACAGCAUCAAAUUUGAACAUUCUGAACUUACCAAUCGUAUCACAGUUGACACAACUAUCUACGUCAUAGAAAAUGAAACUUAUACAUUAAUAUGUGAAGCAAGCAGCAACCCAGAACCAUCAUAUAAAUGGACAGGAAUGGAAAGUUCAACCAUUUCAACUAUCGUGAUAAUAAACCCACACACACGGCGGAACUAUACGGAAACUUGUCAUGCAACAAACGCUAUGAAUUUCACUAAUCAAAUACAAGAAACAGUGAACGUCAACAGAAGUGUGACUGUGGAAAUUCUGUAUCCGCCUAAGAUAAAUACAAUGGCCGAUAAGAUAGUAAUAGAAGGGUUAGGAGUUGUGUUGAAAUGUCUAAUUACAAAUGGUAAUCCAACCAAUACGACCUUUUCAUGGACGAGGGAAUUAGAUGACAAGCGCUGGUUUAGCAGUUCGUUUACAAUUCAUAACGUUUCUCGAAACGAUUCUAUGAGAUAUACAUGUAUUGCAAACAACACAAUGGUAAUGACUGGAAAUUUAAAACGACAUGGAUCAGCACGCAAGAAUGUACAUAUGACAGUAUUGUAUCCUCCGGACAAGCCGACAAUAUUUCUUGUCUCCAUAUCAAAAUCAGAUGUUGUAAAUAUAACAGUCACGGACAAGUUACUUGUUUUUGAACAUACUCCUUUUACUAUGUCAUGCAAAGCCAAUAGCUUACCUAUGCCAAGUUAUUCAUGGGAUCCAAUGACGAUGUCAAAUGAUUCAGUUAUACAGAGUCCUGGCUUAACAAGGAACGGCACAGAGGAAAUCACCUGCUUUGUCAGAAAUACAAUGAUUUCAACUGAAGGGAAUUCAAUGACAGGGAACAACAAUAGAACAAUCUCGAUAGAAAAACUAUUUUCUCCAGAAAUUGGACAUAUGAAUAGCAUAACAGCGGAGGAAGGAACAAAUGUCGGAUUUGCAUGUCCGGUUAUAGACGGAAAUCCUCACCAGACACAUAUUAUGUGGACAAGAAACAAAGAUGGGAAACAAUGGCUCGGAUCAAACUUUACAUUAGAAAACGUUUCAAGAACAGACAGUAUGACAUAUACGUGUGCGGUCAACAACACCAUGAUAAUGACAGGCGGUUUAACAAAACAUGGGAAGAAUAAAAAAAGUAUCAAUCUUAACGUAUUGUAUAAAGUUGCUGUAUUGAAUUUUAUAGCAAAUAACUACACAGCAAAUCACAGCGUUACAUUAGCAGAGAAUCAAUUAGUCAAUCUGACAUGUGAAAUCGAGGGAAAUCCAGCACCUGAAGGGAGCAUCUUCAGUUCAGAAGCAUUUGAUGUAACACAGUCUACUUAUGAAAGUCAUUCAAUAUUUUCUGUAACAUUUAAAGCAACAUGUUUUCAUACAGGAGUAUAUACAUGCAGAGGUUCCAAUUUGAUCAAACAAAGAGAAAUUUCUGAAAGAAAUAUAACACUAUUCAUAACAUGUUCACCUAGACAAAAUCCUGCAAUGCCAUUACAAAGAAACAUUAAAAUAUCAAAAUAUGAAGCCGUGAGUAUAAACUUCACAGUGCUAGCAUAUCCUGAACCAACCAACAUUCUGUUGAACAAACAUAACGGGAAAUCGUGGAUACCUAUGAAUGACAGCGACAACUAUAAUAUUACCUAUGAAGGUGUUGACAUUCAAUUCACGAUUCUUCGUGUUUCGAAAGAGGACUAUGGCAAAUACAAGCUUAUUAUUAGGAAUGAUUAUGGAAAGUUUGAACACGUUUUCUACAUAGAGCCUGCAGGAAUGGAAGCACCGGCAUCUGACUCUUCAAAUCCAUCAGUCAAUUAUGGGCUCGUUGCUGGGUUACCCGUAGUUAUAAUAAUUAUUAUUACAACUGUCUUAGUCAUAGGUAUCAUUUUGUAUAGAAAAAGAAACACAGGUGUACCUGACAAGCUGAUUUACCAAAACGUACCCUAUACAGAUAGAAAACUUAAAGCAAAACAACAUAAUAAACCACAUCAGUCUGUAGAAACUUACAGUGAAGAACUUCAAGAAAUUGACGAUGUUCCACACUAUUUGUCUGAACCUUCAGAAUAUUAUAAUUCUCCAGAGAAAAUAGAGCGAAUUGAAAGGAUUAAAGUGUCUGAGUUAUAUUCAUAUGUUUUAGAAAAGAGCUACGAAUCGUUUGGAAUUGAUUAUGAGAAAUUACCAUCAGGGUUACAAAAGCCAUGCACAUUUGCAAGGAAGCCUGAAAAUUUACCUCUUAACAGAUAUAACGGAAUCUAUCCAUAUGACCACUCGAGAGUGAAAAUACCUAGCUGUCCAGAUUUCUUCAUGAAUGCGUGCUAUAUUGAUGGUUAUAAAAGAAGAAAUGCAUAUAUAGCAUCAUUAGGACCUACUACAAAAACAACAAACGACUUUCAAACAUUCUGGCAAAUGGUUUGGCAUGAAGAAACAGAAGUGAUCGUGAUGCUAACCAAUCUUAACGAGCCUUCGGGAAUGAAAUGUGAACAGUAUUGGCCAUCCGGAGAAUCAUGUAUUGACUAUGGCGACAUAUCUGUAAAAAGUAAAGAAAUAAAGGUGCUUGCAGAAUACACUAUCAGAACAUUCCACAUUAUUAAGGAUGGCCGGAAACGUAAUUUAACCCAUCUUCAUUUCACUGCAUGGCCAGACAAGACUGUACCAGAAGAUACUACAUGUUUACUGGAAUUUCGACGACGUAUGAAGUCUAUUCCAACGUUUUCGAAAGGACCAAUAAUUGUUCAUUGCAGUGCGGGAAUAGGUCGUACAGGAACUUUGAUAGCUAUUGACAGACUUAUCGAAGAGGGUGAAGAUAUUGGAUCAGUAAAUGUUUUCGAAUGCGUUGAGCAUAUGAGAAGUCAAAGAGUCAAAAUGGUUCAAACUCCAGAACAAUAUGUUUACAUAUACAAAGCUCUAGUAAAUGCACUUGUGUUUGGCUGUGAAACCAUUCAUAUUGGCCGAUUUGAAAACUACGUUACACACAAUAACGACAAUUUUUACAGCAAUCAAUAUAAGCAACUUGGUAAGUCUGUAGAAAAGGACAAGAAAGAAGACGCCGAUGCGAGAGCCAAGAAUAAGAGACUUGUCAUUUACAACCGUCAAGGAGCUGACGUGCCAGGUUUGCGGUUUAGAGUGAUGCUCUGUCUCACACGACAAUGUGGUGAUCACGACUAUGUUAAUGCUGUGUAUAUCAACACACAUUUGAAAAAAGACCAUGUAAUCGUUGCACAAACACCAUUGCCGGACACGAUAGAGGACUUCAUUUCUAUGAUUUACAAUGAAAAUUGUACUUGUGUAGUCACUAUGGAAGAUUUGCAAGAACCUGGAAUGAUGAUUGGUCAAUAUGUGUCUGAAAAUAAACACCCAAAAUCCUACGGAAAUUUUACAGUUGAUUGUUCAAGACUUGAAACAAAAACUCAGUAUAUUGUCAGACAAAUGAAGAUAAAGUAUAACGGAAGAGCUGACAGCAGUGAGAAGGUUGCGUAUCAUUUCCAGUAUACAAAAUGGAUACCCGGACAAGAUACCCCCGUCAGUGCUGUAGAAUUUUUGCACUUUAUUGAAAAAGUGGAAAAUUAUGACAACGAGUUUAGUGACAAUUAUUCUCAUAUUCUUGUACACUGUCUAAAAGCAAAUGAGAGGAGUGGGUUGUUUUGUGCUGUUAAACUUUUGAAAGAGAAGAUUAGUGAAGAGAGGGAAAUUAAUGUCGGCAAUGUUUUGAGACAUUUGCGUACACGACGGCAAACAGCUGUUACUAGCAUGGAACAAGUGAAAUUUUGCUAUCAGGCAGUGGAUGCCUACAUCAAGAUGCUCAAGUAACAGUUACGUCAACAUGUUAAUGCAUUUAUAAACAACAGUGUAAAUACAUUUGUUGUAUUAUCUCCAUCAGUAUGUACAAACAAAAACUUUUAAAAAAAAUGUUAAUAUAGCCAUAUUUAAUGAGGAAUGUUUUAACGACGACAUUUGUUAAUAUAUCGUUUACGUGAUUGUCAUUGUUUUAUUUUGUUUUUUGUUUAUUCAGAUUUUAUUUCCGUUAUAAUUUAAUGUCAUUUUGUUCUCUAUUUUCCAUGCCUUUUAUUUUAAUCUUAGCAAGAAGCCGAUUCAUAGAUAAGUUCCGAUUUGCUUUUAGUAUAUGUACAAUUUUACAUUGUUUUCCAUAUUAUAUAAGUAAUUGUCAUCUGUAAUUUUUCAUACUUAAUGUUUGCCAAAGACUACACCAUGAUCAACAAGAAACUUAACAAUUUGAUAAAGAUCAUUGACAAAAUGAAAUGUUUAUGAACCAUGAUGCUAUUUUGCAUAAGUUUCUAGAAAUUGGGUUUUCUUUUUCUUUUAGUUAUCUCUAUGAAAUGUAUCAACAUGAAACUAUAUACAAAGAAAAGAUGUUAUUAUGGACAAGUUAAGUGUUUAAAAACAAUGUUGUUCAUAUGCAAUCAUUGACAUUAAAUGAUAAUGCCUUAGCAGUUUUUUUGCAGAGCUUCAGUCAAAUACUUAAAAAAUUUAUGGUUGAUAAUGUUAAUUGCAAACAACGCCAGUGUAUACUUUUGAAAUUACUGUAUAAAAUUUUGCAAAAUCUUCCUUUACAUAAAUUGCUUUCUUAAUUUUUGAAAAUAAAUAUUUUCUAUUCCGAGACAUAACUCAAAACAAUAGGAAGUAUAAACAUGAUAGGUGCAAUCAACAAGCAGUAAAGUAAAUAAGGAGAAUAAUGCUUUGUUGCUGUUUUCAAGUUACAGCCCUAUACAUGUUUCAUAUCUUUAUAUCAUUGGCGAAGCCUAGUAGUGACUAAAAAGGAGAUUUCGAUAAUUUUUAUGGGUGAAGUAGUGUUAUUGUGCAAAAAUACAGUGUUAAGUUUGAUCAUAACGUAUUGCCCUUUGUGUUAUAUACUUAAUUUUCUUUUUUUCCUUGUAAAUAUCGCAUGUACUGAGCUUUAUUGUGUAUUUACCUCUAGUUUUUAUAUUCAUACGACUAUUGCUUUCAGUGAUUAUUUUCCAUACAUUUUAUGCAAACAAUACUUAAUAACAUAAACACAUACUUACGUUAACACAUAGUACAUUGUAUAACUUACAUAAACAUUGUAUAGUGCGAACAAAGCUGCAUUUUUCAGUCUUCUUUCCAGCUGUCAGUUAUAUUGUUUACAAAAUUUAUUUCCCAUUAUAAAUUUCCUUUUUUCAAUUCCAUAAAAAUAAUCUAUUCAAGGUACCCUAUCAAUAAAGAUACAUUUGAAGAAUUUAUGGUUUGGCAAUGGCAGAUCUUUUUGUGAUUGUACUCGUACAGCUAGGGCCAACGAGACUUUAGGUUUACCCUUCGUCCGUCCAUUCAAGCAAACAUUUUAGGUUACAGUCAAUUUCUUUUGAUUCUAUUUAUUUGUAACGUUUUUAAUGUUUUUAUUUGUUUAAUGUUGCUUUUUAGAACAAUAGAAUAGUCCCAUAAAACUAAACUGUUAUAACGUUUGUUCGUUCUUCAUAAAAUUGGAGACCAUGAUAACGCAAAAAGUACUGGAAAUAGUUUUAUGAAACUUAAAAUAUGAUGUGGCAGUCUCGUGAUAAUUCACGUCUUUAUUUCUUCCUCUGUUGAGACAUUCGGUUGCUAUGACAACACAUAGACUUAAACUAUGACAGAUAUAACAAUAUUUGUGAUAACUCAAAAUGUACAGAAAAUAGCUUCAUAGACAUAUAACAGUAUGGAGAUUAUGCACGUCAAGAUCAUCAGAUUAACCCCCACCCUCCUUGAUCUUUUAAAAGAAAAGUAUUUUAUGCCCCCAUCAUUAAAUGGCAUGGGCAUAUAGUGUUAUCCCGUUUUUUCGUCAUUCAGUUAUCAUCGGUUUCCGUUCAAUAUCUUGGUAACGUUUGCACACAUUCAACUCAAAUGUGAUAUUUGGGUAUAUCAUCGGAAAAUGCAGGCCACGUUUGAAUUUAAUCAUGGUCCAAUGAUUUAUGACCCUUGAAAUUUUCAGUUUUGGUUCAUUUUCUCCCCAACAGCUGUACACAUUCAUCUCAAAUUUGAUAUGUGGAUAAGGCAAAAAAAAUGCGAAGGUCAAAUUUGAAUUGGGUCAUGGUUCGAUGAUUUUUGAGUAAUGCCCCUUAACUUUGAUUUUUUUUUGUCAAUUUCCGUCGAUUUUCUACCCAACAGUUUAACACAUUUUACUCAAAUUUAGUGUUUGAAUAUAGGAAUGUGAAGAUCAGGUUCUAAUUUGGUCAUGAUUCAAUGAUAUUUGGCAGAGUUAUGCCUCCUUUACCUUAAAAAGGCCUAUUAAAUGUGAAAAAAGAGAGGAAAUUGUACACAUUCUUCUAAAAUUUGACAUAUGGAUACGGCAAAGGAAUGCGUAGGUCAAGUUGGAAUUUGGUCAUGGUUCAAUGAUUUUUUGAAGAGUUAUGCUUUUUAACUUUGAAAAAAGAGAGGAGAUAUUAAAGUUCCAUUCAAUUGUUCACAUGUGACUCAAAUUUAACAUAUGUAUAUGUCAUAGGGAUAUGCCAGUCAAGUUCGGAUUUGGUAAUGGUUUGAUGAAUUCUAAAAGAGAUAUCACUCUUGAACUUGAAAAGAAAAAAGAAAUUUUCAGUUUCCAUUCACUAUCUCCCUAACGGUUGUAAACAUUUAACUCAAAUUUGACAUAUAGAUACAUCAGUUCCAUGGACUUGAACUUUUCAUAAAAUGGUUUGUGUAAGCAUUGAAUUGUUUUAUGUCAAUGAACUUAGAAUAAAAAAAAGCUUGUGUAAACAAAUUUGGAACUAAAUAAUAUAACAUUUGACAUUUAAGCUGCAUGCGAGGGCAUCCGUGGCGUGACGACACAUUUCUAGUUUUAUAUAAUUUCUUCAUUUCUUAUUGAAUAUAGUUCAAACUUUAAAUAUAUAUUUCUUAUCAUUACGCACACCAUACGUGGCAAUGUUCAUAAUUCUAGCUCCUUUAUCACCAAAAUUAUCGUUCCUGAACUAAGAAUGUUCAUGAAAAUAUGUUGUUUGUUUUCUAUUACUUCUAUAAUUUGUAAGGUACAAUGUCCCCCUUGAACUGAAUUUUUAACUAUAAUUUUGUUUCAUUUUUACACGUUUUACUUCAAAUUUCAAACUACCACAUCAUAAUAUGACAAGGUUUAUAAACCUAGCGUCCACAUUUUCAAAACUUUAAAUUUCCCUUUUUGUUCCAUAACUCAUAUUUCUUUAUGGAUAUACUUACAAUUUCAAAAGAAAGUCCAUUAUUAACACCUUCAUCAUAUGAUAUUACAUGUAUGAGUCUAGUACCUUGUUUCUAUGUUUAUUUUCAUUUUGAAGUUUGAAUUUAUUUGAAAACUGUUAUAUAUUUCUUUUAAUUUCCUUUUUUAAUGGCAUGUAUAUGUGAAAAUUGUUAUAUAUUUAACUUUUCGCCUUUAUUACUAUAAAUUGUAUUUACUUAAGACUUCAUAUGAUUGUUUCUUGUCACCACUUAUAUCAUGUAGGACAAUGUUCACAGGUCUAGCAUCUUUAUUUCAAGAGUUAUUGUUACCACGUAUGCAGACUAUUAUGAUAAUGAGCAUUAUUAUAUGUAAAAACUAAAGUUGGUGACAUACAUAAGAGAAUGUUCCCCAUAUUUAAGGACACAAACCACUCUUGGUGAUGAACAAGCUAUUCACCGACAGGGUUGUGUGCCUCGAAUCGUUACAUUUUGUGAGGGGGAGGAGUUUGUAACAACGUUGGCAGAACGUCAUAUUACCGAUAAUGAGCAUAUUAAUAUGCAAAAUAAAAGUUGGCAAAUUAACAUAAGGGAAUGUUUUCUAUAUAUAAAGACAUAUACCACUCUUUCUGGUGAGCUAGCUUUUCACCUUCUGGAAACGUUACGUUAUUUUCUCUUUACUGCAAGAACAUUGUUUUAAAACAGUUUAUAUUCUAUAUACAAUCAGAGAUAUUUUUUAGAACUGCCCUUGGUCAGUCAUGUUGUCUGACCGUCCCUAAAAUAUGUUUGCUAUUAAAGAACUUGGAAUGUUUCCAAAAUGUCUGCAAAAUUUAAUCGAAAAAAUAUAAACAUCCUUACGGAAAGACCUUGUUAACAUUCUAGAGGUUACAUUUUUGGACCUAAUUUCUAAAACUUACCAGAAAAGGUGUUCAGAUGAUUUCUAUCUAAAUUUGAAUAUGAAUUAUCAGGAGGUUAAUACUAUAUCACACAGCCAGAAUAACCUUGUUUUAAUAAUGUUUGCUAAAGUUCGAAUAUUGGUCAUCUGGGGUCAUAAAUUAGGUCACACAGCCCAAAUUUGGAAAGUCUUGUUACUAUGUAGGUGCAGAUAUGAACACUGUAAUAGCAAAUCAAAAUUAAGACUUAAUAUCUGCUUUCCAUUCAUAGUUAUCGAUAAUUGUUCCGUGUCAUAUCAAGCCUAAAUAUUCAAAUGAUCGGUAAAAUCAUCACCUUUGCCCUCUUGCUGAAAUUGUUUCUGGUAAGUAGAUUUAAUAUUUAAAAGUGCUCAUGUAUUUUCAGAAAAUAAUUAAUCUCUAUUAAAUCUCUAUAAAUUAUAUCUAUUGAAAAUGACUUAUUUGUGUAUUUUAUAACAUGUACUAUAUUACGUUUGAUUACAUAACGUUAAGAUCAUUAUGUUGAAAUAAAAUAUUUUCUGACAAAAAUACUGCUUAGUUAUACAUA